AUGUGUCCGAGGCGUGUGCAGCAUCUCGGCAGUCCGAAAAAGAAAAACAAAGUUCUGGCCGAGAUACGUCGAUACCGGGAGAAAAAGCCACAAACCCUGGCUCCGUGGAAGAUGCUAACCACAGUCUCCUCCAGAACGGGCGACGAGGCGUCCUCUGACGAGAGUCGGUGCAAAAACAAAGGAAAAGGAAAGAUCCAGAACGAUGGGAUUCGAAGCAAGGGCGGCGGCACAUUCGGGGGGGUUCGGAUCUGUGCUUCCGAUGACUGGAAGGGGGGGGGGACAGGCACCGUAGAGCUGCUCCUUCAGGCUGGACUCCCCCUCACCCUCCCCCGGGUUGCUCUGUGGCUGGUAAAGGGCGGAGGGGGUGUUUGA